AUGAAAACACUGUGGAUCCACUUCGGGCGAAACAUUACUGACACGACCAGCCUCGUCGACGUGAAGGCCCCCAACAUCGUUGCCUACAUGUCGUUGAUGAAAGACGUGACCGAGGAGAACCGCACUUCCAAGGUGCCCGACGCCGAACUGCUCGAGCAGUUCGACAAGACGGUCGUCCCCACGCUGCGCACCAUCAUGGAGCAAUGGGAGAGAGGCGAGCGCGAGAUCGGCUACAUUCUGCUGCACUCGCGGCGGCCCGCAGGGGAUGAGAGCCUCUAUGAGUGGGAACGAUUCCUGGAUUGGCAUCACCUGGAUCCCGAAUUCUUCAACCUGCCACGCAAGCUCGGUGUCGGGAGGAUCGACCCCUAUCACAUUGGCCUAAACUCUUGCCUCAUCCGGCGUGAACGCUUCAACAACUCUGCCCUGAUGAUUGCCAUUCGUGGGCCCACGCUCUUGCUGGCCAGCUGCAGUCACAUCCGCCGCCGCAACUGUUACCUGGACGAGAUUUACGACGACGACGAUGUCGCGAAGGAAGCUGCCAAAAAAAUGAAGCAGGCAAACGCCGAGGAGAAAGACGCCAACGGAAAAGUAGUCGCCGACACGGAUCUCCUUGGUCUGAGGCGCCGUCAGCAGAUUGUUGUCGAUAAUUGGGCCAAGAUGAAGCCGUAUAACACGAUCCCGACUCGUGAGCUGGCCAUCCAACGCUUCAUCAUCAACCGCGGCUACUCAACCGAAGCGUGGCCCUUCCGGUCGCAGAGGUACUGCACGCAAGAAGAAGACCCGAUCCUCACCGCCUACCAGCCCCUCGAGGAA